AUGGCGCGUGACAUGGACACCGUCCUGCGCCAGUACUUGCGCUUCGUCAAGCCCUCCUACGAUGACUUCAUCUUCCCCACCAAGAAGUAUGCCGAUCUGCUGAUCCCUCGCGCGGCUCAGAACGAGGUGGCUGUCGACUUGAUUGUCCAGCACCUGAGCGAGAACAUGCGCCGUCCCCGGCGUCCAUCCAUCUCCCACACCCCCCUCAUGCAGUACCAGGAGCUCUCCAACUAG